AAAAAGGCUACCAAAAGGACAUUUAACAAAAAAUAUAAAUUAAAACAUGCAAUUAAAAUCUAGUUUGCAAGAUAUAACAUACAAUGCUAAUCUAUGGCUACAAGCCGCUAUGCUAAUUAACGCUUACGUUUCAGCAGUUUGGGGAAUACUAUACGGCUUUUAUAUACUCUUUAACUUAGAAGAAAUGCAGGAUCUCUAUGGGCGCUCGAUUAUAUUAGCUUAUAUAUUAUCACUGCUGGCUGAGAUUUAUCGUUUGCGUGCAGGCUAUAAAGGCAACUUGAUGGCAGAGAUCAGUGAACUGAGCAUCUUUCUUGUAACAACACCGCUUAUACAAUUACCUAUACUCGUGUUCCUCUUUCUCUCCGUUGAAGGGAAUUGGCAACUUAUAUAUGUACUCAUUGAAUUGAUAUUCUGUCUAAUGAUAGUGGAAUUUAUUGCCGGUGUGUGGACUUGGCAUAUCUUCGCCAAACAUCAAAGUGAGUUGCAUAAAUUGAAGCGACAAAUCGCAUUGCAAAUACGUAAUGCCAGACAGAGAAAUGAUAGCGAUGAUAAAACAAGGAGUGUGCCAUAGUUUAAAUGCAUAAUUGUUUAUUUUUUAUACUAAUUAACAGAAAUAAAUUAAAUAAAUCGCAUGUCCGCGAUGAAAUUACUCAACUCUAAUUGAAUUUCAGUUUUAAAAUAACGAGACAGCAAUAUUUUAUAAAUUUGGACUAAGUCCGCAAUAACAAAAUUUAAUACGUUCAAUAUAAACGUAAAAUUCUUAGGCCUAUUAUAAAUAUUGUCCUAAUUCAAGAUAGCUUCGGUUCAAUAGACCCAGCUCACCGAAAAGUGCAUAGAAGCCUCUUCAUUAAACUUAUCCAAAAUCCUUUUUUUUAAGCAUGCAAC